AUGUCAGUCACGCAGAGCGCCAAGUCGCGCUAUCUCAAGGAGGAAAAUCUCUCGAGGCUCCUCGCCCGGCUAUUCCCGGGCCAGGCAGAUUUCAACAUCCGGUUGAGGGAUGAUCAGUGGUGUUUCACCGUCCCAAGAGAGGUGACAGAGGACGAAAUCAGGUAA